ACACAAACACACUCACACAGACACACACACUCGCACACAGCACUGACCUGAACAUCUGGUUCACCACACAAUUUGCCCUGCAGCUGAAGCUGGACAUUCACCUUUAGGACACUGAAUGAUUUAUUCUAGUCUUUACUGCUUUUAUGCAGAAGAACGGCCAGCAUCUGACAAAUCCGAGGUAGAUCUAGUGAGUGUUGUACCUCCUCCCUGUGCACAGUACAUAAGCAAUACAGAUAGAUGUUUGCUGUAUUGCCAUUGAUGAAAACUAUACUGUGUUCAUUAUUGAUAUUGUUUUAUUGCCCAGCCCUAAUGGAGGCUGUUAUUUAACAAUAAACUUCAAAAACAGAAAAUGCACUCUAUUCUACUCCCUCACUAUGCUGAUGAAGGGGAAGUGAAGUGUUUGAUUCCGAAAAACACUCAGGGGUAAGCAGCGUGUCAGCCAAAUCCAUUACAAUUAAAGUAACUGGGGAUCAAUUCUUCAAACUUAAAGAAAAACAACAGAAAGAGUAACAUAUAAUGUCUCCAUACUGCUCCUGUGGUGUCAUCCAAGUGUCUUUGAGCACAGACAUUCAAAUUCUACUCAGAACAGAGUCAUUUACUUCAUGUUUUUAGCCUAACUCGCCUGUUAUCCUCCCCUUGAACAGCGUUUGUGCGUGGAUCACAUAUAAGACCCUGUUUUUCUUGUCACAGAUGGAGCAGGAAUUGCUCAAACACAGAUGCACAUCCAGUGUUGAGCAUUCAAGGAAACAAUAAGCUCUUGCAGUCAUAAUGUUGGAGUUCCACAGUCCCUCUCAGUAUCACUCCUUCAACAGGAAGUCGACGCUCCCUCCUGGGAAGAACAAGGAGGCUUUCUUGUCAACCCUCUGGUCAAAGGUGUCACCCACUGUGCACCAGUGUCACCGGUUCAAGGCAGAGCUCAGAGGCAGAUGAACUUCAUAUGCAAUCAAUUUCCCAUUUUCUUUUUUGCCACUGAGGGGUAACUAGUUCUGCAGCAACAAAAGAAAACCAACACGCUCAUUAGAAAUACACAAAAUAAAUCCUUGGAGGCCUUUAACGGAAUGGCUAGGAGGAUGGAGGACAGUAUUACUGUAUAUAAACAUAUUAACCUGGGUUUUGGGGAAACUGCAGACGGGGUUACCCUUGUUAGAAUUGCCCUUGGGCAGGAAGUCAUGAUCGCAUCACUCUGGACGGAUGUUAAUCUCUCAGGUCUGAACGGGGUCAGGGUUUCCUCCCCUGUCAGGAGAUGAAUGUGACCCGGGCUUUGAGUUUCCUGACGACCUGCUGCUCAGAGGUGUCAGUUUGCUGCUCUCUGCCUCAGCUGUAGUCCGGUGACAGACUGUUAUUUCUGGUCGCUGUUUGAUUCGAAGCCUAGACGUGUUGUUGGUUUGUUCCUGAUCGGAGAACACGGUGGCCCUUUCAAGGUCUUUCAGUCUGCUAAUACUUGUUUGGUUUGGUUUCUUGCCAAGUAGAUAGUUUUGUUUGACUUUUCCAGUUUUUCCCGAUAACCCCGAGAUUUUUGCCUCCAUCCUAUAGAGAUGGGACUAACAUUUUCUGUGCGGUAUUUAAAAAAUAAAUUUAGAGGGUUAGGCUAAAUUUUUCUAGCUAAUUUCCGUGUUUUUAGCAACACAAAUAAACAGUUCAUUGCUUGUAUUGUGUUGGAGCCACUCUGUAGACGAAUAUCUCAAAAACGAUCUGCAUGGCUGCACAACAUUGAUAUUUGUGUUGUGUUUGUUAAUUUUAUCUGAAGAGAUUCAGUUUAUAAUCAUAGGUGAUGACAUAAAGAUCAAAUUCUCACAUUUGAGAAGCUGGGACGAGGAAAUUUAUAUUUGCUUGGAAAUGACUUAAACCAUUCAUUCAUUAUCAAAGUAGUUGCAUAUUAUUGCUUUUCAUAUUUUCUUUGAACGGACUAAUCAAUGCAGAUCUGUGUCCUCGACAAAUUUCUGCUUUUCCUUAUCGACCAAAUGUGUAAUUGAGAGUGAAAGCAACACAUUUAUCAAAUGAAGGAAAUUGAAAAUAAGUUUUAGUUGCGUUCCCAAAGUGAGAAAUGUUUUUUGUGAUCUGGGUAAAUCCUUUAAAUGUGCUGAGGGAAAAAAGCAGCAAGGCUCAACUAAAACCACUGGCCUAAUUCUCCAAGUAGCUUAAUCUGUGCAUGGAAAUGCAUUAGAUUUACAUGCAAAGCCAUUGGAUACCGCUGGACUUAGCAUGGAUUAAAACAGCAUCUUAGUUUCCCUGCCAGGUCGGGAUGUCCUCAUUUCCAGCUGACUUUCCUCUUACGCUUUGGUGGUCAGGCUGAAUUUCAUUCCCAGGCUUCUCCAGCACAGUAAGCACAGGGUUUCCCACGUGGCAUCCAGAUGUGAGGCUCACUACACAUCCAGUCUGAGAAAGAAAGAAACGAACGUACCUCUGAGAAAGGGAGGCUUGUUCAAAAUGUAAAGCUGCUGUUCGUUGAUUGAGUCGUGGUUUGUAUGAUUUUAGAGCUGUAAGUUAUCUUUAGUAAUGAAACCUUCAUCAUUAGUUAGUUGUUGUGCUGAUUCAGUUCUUUUGGCAAGCUUGUAAAUUUUUUGUGCUUAUAAGAGGAAUUGUAGUCUAAGCUGUGCACAUGCACAAGAGAAAUGGGGAAGUUGCAGGAUGGUUGCGUCAGUAGUAAUCUGAUCGUAAACAAAUCGCUCUGCUCCGCGGCGUGGCAGAAACUGUCAGUGACAAUGAAAACACGAGGAAGUUGUAAUUAGUGGCUUCAGAUACACAGCCUUGGAGAGUGUCUGCAUUUCAUGCCGCAGUGAAGUUUGAUAUGGCUGAAGAGUCUGCGACUCCCCAGAGGAAAGAUGCCGACCAGCUCCUCCGAGGACAGAAACUGGAUUCAUUUCAGAUCCCAUUAAAGGCUGAUGGAUAAGAGACAUGCUUGGCUGUGGAGUGCAGCAGGCCCGGAUCCCACUCUCCAACACCAAGACUGCAGACCGACAGGGGAGUGAGGGGGCCCGGCCUCCGUCAAGCUACGUCCAACUGACCUUUACUGCCAUUGACGACGUAAGCACGUGCCCGUGAAUAUUAUUUUAUGUCUUCCUGACUCCCAAACACACCCGGAUACCAUGAGGAACACCAGGUCAAACCUGCUGCUCGGCUUCGUGCUCCUCUGCUCCGCCUCGCUGCUCUACCUGGGCAUGAGUGGGAUAGAGUGCCCUCAAAAAAGCCACCGCUACCGAUGGAUGGAGCUCAACCUGGCCUCAGCCAAUCAGAGUCAAGCCCUCACCGAGCAAUUCCCCGAGGACACGCCGCUGAUCUUCAUCGGAGGUUUUCCCAGGAGCGGCACCACACUGAUGCGCGUCAUGCUGGACGCCCACCACGCUGUACGGUGCGGGGAAGAGACCCGAGUGAUCCCUCGCCUCCUGGCCAUGCGGGCCACCUGGAGCCGCUCGGUCAAGGAGAAGAUGCGACUGGACGAGGCGGGCGUCACUGACCAGGUGCUGGAUUCAGCCGUGCGAGCGUUCCUGUUAGAGGUGAUAGUCGGCCAUGGAGAGCCUGCACCUCGCCUCUGUAACAAGGACCCGUUUGCCCUGAAGAGUCUCUCAUACCUGGCGCGCAUCUUCCCUAAAGCAAAGUUUGUGCUCAUGCUACGGGACGGACGCGCCACCGUCCACUCCAUGAUAUCACGCAAGGUGACCAUCUCUGGCUUUGAUCUGACGAGCUACAGGGACUGUUUGACCAAGUGGAGCAGUGCAGUGGAGACCAUGUUCAAUCAGUGCCAUGCAGCCGGGAAGGGCAGAUGUCUCCCUGUUAGCUACGAGCAGCUGGUCAUCCAACCACAGGAGGAAAUGAGGAAGUUGCUUCAUUUCCUAGACCUGCAAUGGGACCCAUCAGUGCUGCACCACGAAGAGCUGAUUGGCAAGGCCGGUGGUGUGUCUCUGUCCAAGGUUGAGCGUUCCACGGACCAGGUGAUGAAGCCCGUGAACACAGAAGCGCUCUCCAAGUGGGUGGGACACAUUCCUUCUGACGUGUUGAUUGACAUGGCAGAAAUCGCCCCCAUGCUGGCUCGCCUCGGCUACGACCCUCACGCCAACCCCCCCAACUACACUCGAGCAGAGCCCAUGGCCUCUCCAUUAAACUACUUACAGAGUUUUAAAACAGCAGAAUCUCCACACCCAAGUUAAACAACAGAGGAGAAAGCUGUUCGCUUGGCUUCGCUGUUCCACGACAUGGAUGCACCUUAAACACAGACCAGCUAAGCAGCAAUUACACCUCAUGAACAUUUCUAUAUUGUCUCAUAUGUAUUUUUGAAUUGUUUGUAAGACUUGAAUGCAGUGGUGCUGUCUGUUCACAGUCUGUUUGAAAUACAGAUUCAUGGGGUGGUUCGGAGUUUUAUAUCUCAUGUGCUGUAUGUGGUUUACCUGAGACUCACGGCAGCUCAGACAUUAUCACACUAUCACACCUCGUACCUGAAAGUAUUUCAACGUGUCUGUCGGUCGUUAUGGCUUCACCACUAAUGUGAAUGUGUCUUUACACAAAUCUCCUUCUCACUGAGAUUUCAGUCAGUGUCCAUGAAGCAUAAUGACUGUAUAUUUUUCAAGAUGUAUGUUUAUUUUCUUAAUAAAUUAUUUUGCCGUCGACCAAUCAUUCAGGAAAUUGAAAGUUGUUUAUUCCAAAAUGAGAAUUUGUAAUUGUUGUGUAUCGUACAACACGAAAUAAAAACAUGCCUAAAUGUCACCUUAUAA